GGAACAUUGCUAGUCGGGUUCAAUCGGGACCACUAGCCUGCAAAAAUUGAAGUAGCUCCCCAAACUGAUGUUACAUUUUAGUAAAAGUGACAGCUGGAAAUGAUGUGACAUACAAAUAAAACUUGUACCGACUUGCAUAUACACACAUUAGAUUUUUUAUCAACAUAUCUCCAAUUAUCUCCAUAAAAAUAGCACAAAAAAUCUUUGUAACAUUUUAGAGAGAAAAAGAAAACAAUGAAAGAAAAAUAUGUAGCUCAUGUUUUAGCUGUUCCUUAUCCAAGUCAAGGACAUAUAUGUCCUAUGCUUCAAUUUUGUAAAUGUUUGGUCUCUAGAGGUGUCAAGGCCUCUUUUGCUAUCACUAACUACAUCUCCAACACCCUUAACCCGAAAUUCGACGACGAAUGCCUUCGUUUCGUAACCAUUUCCGAUGGCUACGACGAGGGCGGUUUCAUGGAGGCUAAAAGUGUUUCGGACUACCUUGCUCGUCUUGAGUCGGUCGGAUCCCUCGCUCUUGGUGACGCGAUAGAACAAGAUGUUGAUAGUCCAAACCCUAUCACAUGUGUAGUGUAUGAUGCAUUUUUACCUUGGGGGUUAAAUGUUGCUAAGAAAUAUGGGUUAAAAGGGGCAGUUUUUUUUACUCAAGCAUGUGGGGUGAAUUAUGUUUAUUACUUGAUACACCAUGGGAAGUUGUCUAUGCCUGUUAAUGGUCCAUGGGUGGAUGUUCCUGGGUUACCACAAUUGGGUGUAGAUGAUUUGCCAUCAUUUGUAGGUGCACCUGAGUCAUACCUUGCCUAUCUGCAGUUGGUUUUGAAUCAAAACUCUAAUGUGGAUGCAGCUGAUUACGUGCUUGUUAAUACUGUCUAUGAAUUGGAGGAUAAGGUAGUUGAUGCAAUGUCUAAUGAAUGUCCAUUAUUGACAAUUGGUCCAACAAUUCCUUCCUACUACCUUGACAAACAAAGACCAUGGGACAAAACUUAUGGUCUAGAUCUCUUCCAUUUAGACCCUUCUCCUACCACCAAUUGGUUAAGCACUAAGCCACCAAGAUCAGUAAUUUAUGUCUCAUUUGGUAGCAUGGCAUGUCUACCCAAAGACCAAAUGCAAGAAUUAGCCUUAAGUUUAAAGGAAAGUGCUUACAACUUUUUGUGGGUUGUUAGAGCUUGUGAGGAAGCUAAACUUCCUAAGGAAUUUGUUUAUGACACAUCUUCAAAAGGGUUGAUUGUUAGAUGGGCACCACAACUUGAGGUGCUCGCUAGCGAGGCUAUUGGGUGUUUUUUGACUCAUUGUGGAUGGAACUCGACGCUGGAAGCAUUGGUGAUGAGUGUUCCUAUGGUAGGAAUGCCACAAUGGACUGAUCAACCCUUGGAUGCUAAGCUUAUUGAGGAUGUUUGGAAAGUGGGAAUAAGAGUGAAAGUUAAUGAGAAUGGGCUUGUUGAAAGAGAGGAAAUUGGAAGGUGUAUAGUUAGUGUAAUGGAAGGGGAAACAAGAAGUGAGUUAGUUGAAAAUGCUAAGAAAUGGAAGGGUUUAGUGAAGAAAGCAAUUUGUCAAGGUGGAUCUUCUGAUAGGAAUAUUGGUAAGUUUAUAAAUAACAUCUCAAACUCAUUGGGAGGCGAGUGCAGCGAGAAUCGAACCUAAAAUCUUAAUAAAGAAAAAUAGAACAUGUUUUAGCUGAGUCAAAACUCAAUUCUCAAUUAACUUGUCAUUUAAAAAACUCAUGAAUGAUGUUCUUUGUGUAACUAAUUGCAUUGUAAUUGACAUACAUGAAAAAAUAAUUAUUUCGUUUUA